AUGCCCCCUCACAAGGCUUCAGAGGAAUCCAUUGAAACGACGCCGCUUCUGGGAGGCUCAGGAUCCGAAUCACACGACGCACCUAGGACCUUAAACGCCUCUAGGACACCCUUACCAGCUGGUCAGCUAUCCGUUCUAUUCUUUCUGCGGUUCUGCGAAAGCGCCUCGACGUUCUGCAUCUUCCCCUUUCUCGAAGAGCUCCUGAAAUCCGUUAUAAAAGGUGGAGAAGAGGAAGUAGGGUAUUAUGCCGGCCUAAUGGAUGCGAUACGACAUUCCAUAUCACUCAUAACCGUGCUGUACUGGAGCAGAAUGUCAGACAAGAUCGGGCGUAAACCCAUCUUACUCCUCGGAACUGUGUCACUAGCCGCGUCCAUGUUCUUUUUCGGGCUGUCAAAGACCUUUUUGGCGCUCGUCCUGAGUCGAUGUAUCUUUACAGCACUGAGCAGCAACGCGGGGACAAUCAAGAGCGUGGUUGGUGAAAUCACCGACCAGUCCAAUAGAGCCAAUGCAUUUGCUCUGCUUCAUGUGCCCUGGGCCGCGGGCUCUUCCUUCGGAGCUUUCGUGGGCGGGUGGUUGGCGGGGCCCCGCCCAUGGCUGAGUUUCGCCAAACACUACCCUUAUUUUCUUCCAUGUGCAACCAUGGGUGCGAUCUCCGUGGCAGGCUUUGCUCUGGUUGCGCUACAUCUUCGCGAAACGCUACCGUCCCGUAGCAGGCCGAGCCAGGCUUCCGAGGAACCAGCGCAAGAAUGCUCAGAAGUCGUAGACGAAAGAACUAAACCUGCCCCUCUUCAGAAGCUCUUAACAACUUCGAGCGUUCUGAUACCGUUGGUCAAUUACGCGACCCUAGCUUUCCUACACACAUGUUCCAACACCAUCCUCCCGCUCUACCUCGCUCUUCCCGUCAACCUCGGCGGGCUAGACAUGCCACCUUCCUCAAUAGGCACAAUCCUCAGUCUCUACGGCGCUUUCAACUGCUUCUUUCAAGCUUUCUUCCUAGGACGACUCGUGAACCGCUUUGGCGCCAAGCGUGUUUUCCUGUCUGCGAUACUUGCCAGUGUUCCUCUCUACGGGAUGUACGUCGUCAACAACCUGGUGGCACGUCGAAUGGGAGACGAUAAGCGACUACCCUCCAUCACGUACGUACUCGUCGCUCUGCAUCUGGCCUUUGUGGUGGCCAUAGAAUGUGGUUAUAGAUGUGUUUACAUCUUCAUCACUGCCGCUUCCCCGAACAGGCAAUCCCUCGGAUCGACAAAUGGACUGGCGCAAACAAUGGUCUCUAUCGAUAUUUAG